UUGACACAACUGAGUUGAAUGGUUUCAGAGCUCCAACAUGAAUAAGAACAAGAAGGACGCAAUCUACCUUCAUCUCCUGCUCCUUCUCUUUCUUCCUUUGAAGCUGUGUCUGUGUGCAGAAGAAUUUGAUGCUCAGAAUACGACGGCCACCAUUGACGUGGGAGUGAUUCUUGAUUUGGAUUCAUGGAGUGGAAAGGUGGGAUUAAGCUGCAUAAAGAUGGCUCUGUCGGACUUCUAUGCGACUCAUCAUAGUUAUACGACGAGGCUCAAGAUUCAUGUUAGGGACUCCAACAAUGAUGUAGUGGAAGCUGCAUCUGCAGCUAUAGACCUGUUGAAAAAUGUACAAGUGCGGGCCAUAUUAGGGCCACAAAGAUCGGGGCAAGCUGAUUUUGUAGCAAAUAUUGGAAACAAAACUCACGUACCAGUAAUCACUUUCUCUGCGACAAGCCCUUUUCUUUCCUCCACUGAAACUCCUUAUUUUGUUCGAAUCGCCCAGAACGACUCCAACCAAGUUCACCCUAUUUCAGCAAUUGUCCAAGCCUUUGGAUGGAAGGAAGUUGUGCCCAUUUAUGAAGACACAGAUUGUGGAAGAGGGUUUGUGCCAUUUCUGACUGAUUCCUUGCAAGAUAUCAAUGUAAGGGUCCCCUACCGGAGUGUCAUUUCUCCUUUGGCCACGGAUGAUCAGAUCCUCAAAGAACUCUACAAACUAAUGACCAUGCAAACCAGAGUUUAUGUAGUGCACAUGCCAUCUUCUCUCGCUUCUCGCGUUUUCUUGAAGGCGAAGGAAGCCGGAAUGAUGAGCAAAGGCUACAGUUGGAUCAUCACGUAUGAGCUUACAGACACUCUAUGUUCCCUUGAUCCAUCUGUGAUUGAUUCAAUGCAAGGAGUUUUGGGUGUGAAGCCUCAUGUUCCAAGAUCCAAGAAGCUCAACAACUUUGCAACAAGAUGGAGAAGGAAGUUCCGUCAAGAGAAUAUUCACAUGGAUAGAAUUGAAUUAGACGUUUUUGGAUUAUGGGCAUAUGAUAGCAUCUGGGCACUAGCCAAGUCAGCGGAGCAAGUUAGUGUUGUUCAUUCAGGAUUCAAGAACUUGGAACCUCCAGGAAAAAACUUAAGUGACCUAAAAUCUUUUAAUAUUGGAGUCUCCCAAGUGGGUUCAGAACUACUCAGAGCCCUCCAGAGGACUAGAUUUGAGGGAUUAAGUGGAGAAUACCACCUAAUUGAUGGGGAGCUGCCAUCUUCAACCUUUGAAAUAGUAAAUGUGAUAGGAAAAGGGGAGAGAGGGAUAGGAUUCUGGAGCCCAACUUAUGGGCUCUCUAAGGAGUUAUUGAAGCCAGGUGAUCAGAAGAACUACUCAACUUCCAAGGAUGGUCUUGGAGCUAUCAUAUGGCCAGGUGAGCAAUUGGAGGUGCCAAAGGGUUGGGAAAUGCCAACAAGUGGGAAGAAACUGAGAGUUGGAGUUCCUGUCAAAGACGGCUUCCUUGAUUUUGUAAAAGUGGAGAGGUCUUCUCCCACCAGCUCCCCCACAGUCACUGGUUUCUGCAUAGAUGUGUUCGAGAAAGUAAUGAUGUCAUUACCAUAUGCUGUCCCCUACGAGUAUGUUCCCUUCGAGUUGGCCAAUGGUACGGGCUCCUUGAGUUACAAUGAUCUAGUCAAUCAAGUAUAUCUUCAGAAUUUUGACGCUGUAGUCGGAGAUAUAACAAUUCUAGCAAACCGAUCAUUGCACGUAGACUUCACCUUGCCUUAUACAGAAUCGGGGGUGUCGAUGAUUGUGCCCAUCAAAGAUGAUGAGAGAAGAAAUGCAUGGAUUUUCUUGAAACCUCUUACAAUGGAUCUUUGGCUAACUACUGGAGCUUUUUUCAUCUUCACUGGCUUCGUUGUCUGGGUUCUUGAGCACGGUAUUAAUGUAGACUUCAGGGGUCCACCUCACAGACAAGUUGGGAUGAUCUUCUGGUUCUCCUUCUCAACGCUUGUAUUUGCACACAAAGAGAAGGUGCUGAGCAAUCUAUCGAGAUUUGUGAUGAUCAUAUGGGUGUUUGUUGUCCUUGUUCUGACAUCGAGUUACACAGCUAGCUUAACGUCCAUGUUAACAGUAGAACAACUGCAACCAACCAUUACAGACCUAAAGGAUAUCAUAAAGAAUGGAGAAUAUAUUGGCUAUCAGAAGGGUUCUUUCGUCGCAGGGCUCAUGGAGAGUUUGAAGGUYGACAGAUCGAAGCUUAAGUCCUAUAGCAGUGUUGAAGAGUUCCAUGAGGCUCUUUCCAGAGGGAGCCGGAACGGUGGCGUUUCUGCAAUCGUAGAUGAGAUCCCUUUUGUUAAGCUCUUUCUUGCUAAAUAUUGUAAGAAGUACACUGUGGUGGGACGGACCUACAAGAUUGCUGGCUAUGGAUUUGUCUUUCCAAAGGGUUCUCCAUUGGUACCUGAUGUCUCAACGGCAAUCUUGAACAUCACUGAGGGAGAAACAAUGUCAAAGAUUGAGCAAAAAUGGUUUGGACAACAAGAAGACUGUCCAGAGCAAGGAGCAACCACAGUAACUUCAAAUAGCCUCACUAUAGAUAGCUUCAGAGGCCUCUUCCUCGUUGCUGGGCUCUCUUCUUCUUCCGCCCUCUUCAUAUUCUUCUUUGUAUUCCUUCACGAGCAUAAAGAUAUACUAAAAUCCGAAGGCUCAGUGAAGCAAAUAGUAACCUCCAUGAUAAAACAAUUUGAUCAGAAGAAAGAGAUUUCUACUGAUACAUCCCACAAGGGGAAACCCCCAGAUUGUGGGCACACAAUAGACGUUAGAGACUGUGAUCAGGUUACACCUAAUAUGAGUACUUUGCAGAGUCCGGCAAUGACAAUUAUUUCCAGCUAUGGAGAUGGGAUCUUCACUGAAGAAGAAGAUUUCUCAUGUACUGAACCUAGCACCCCUAAUCAUCAUAGCUUUUUUCCUAAUAUAGAAGAGUGACAAUUUGAGGCUGAUCAGUGAUGCAGUUAAAUGUAUGUAUAUGCUUGUACCAUAUAUAAAGAUCAACACUAAAUAGAAAAGAAAUCCAAACUUCCAUAUGUAGCAGUACAAAUGUAAUCAGUUUGAUUUUGAGCCUAACUUAGACGAAUAAUGAAGCAUCGGUGGGCGUAACUCCGGCAGGCCGCAUAGUCUUUGCCGCCGGAGCAGGGGUGAGAGAAAGGGAGUGUUGGUUGAAAAGGUGUUUGAUAGGGGAAUUCGAAGCGGAGCAUUGUCAGGUGUCGAUGCUGGAACCGGAGUUGCGAGUGAUUUCUAAUCGUGCUGGAUUCGGAGUUAGAAGCUAUACGGGCAGCAGAGCGAGGCCCGUACCGAUUUGAAGGUAGAAAUCUGGGUUUGUUCCGUUGGUUGUUGGGCUUGGAGAGAGACUGCAGCAACAGAGGGUCCUGGAGGUGGAGGRUGAGAAUCUUCGGAUUACUGCUCCAUGCCUGGUGUCUCGAAGCUUUUAAGGAACUAGGAAACGCUGUCAGGGGUUUCGCCGGGGUCGCAAAGGAUAACCCCAACUGGAGGGACCUCGAGGCUGUAAAGCUUUUGAUUUGGGCGGAAGCACCGCACAAGGUUCCUAAGGAAUUGACAGUGGGGGUCUUUGGAGAGUUAUUUGUAGUGAGUUUCGUGGUGGAAGGCCCGAAAUCUCUAACCGCCAGAUCCCUUAGAGGCUUCCGAUGGGUGGCAGUGGAAGAAGGGGCGGAAGAAGCAGGGGUGUCAAGUUUGGGGGAUUCCAAGUCUGAUAGGGGAAGGGAGGAAAGAGGAAAUAACUUCGAUCCUUUUCAGGCGGGAGUAGGGACGAGGGGGAGAUUGCAUCGGUGCCAGAGAAGAAGACGCCGACGUUCGGUCUCUGGUGAAACGCGGCAGGACCCUUCGUUUGAGAGAGGCGGCAACUCGAUCCCGCUUCUCGCAGUGAAUUCUUAUGAUCACGUUCUUGUCCGAGGCUCUCACGUCAAUCUCCGGGAGCACAUCGUCAUCAUAGCAACAUCUGCCAAAGUUCUCAUACGAGGAACAGUUGUCAUCUUCGACCAACAUCUGAGUUCUUCUAACCAACACAACCGAAUUCCUAUGUUUUCUUCUCGGCCCGUUCUUUUAAUGUCCUCACUCGCUGUUGCAGUUGUUUCAAGUACUUGAUAGCGUCUCCAAGAACAGAAGCCUUAUUUUCUUAAAAAUAGAAAGCCUAGCUAGUCUCUGACAGAAUGAAUUAAUAAUAAUGUCUGGGAAUUAACCUUCUUGAA